AGGACUUCUGGGAGCCGAGACUCGGGGUCUCGGGGAAGGGGCGCAGGUGGCCGCCAUCUUGAGUUGCGAACCGGGUGGCUACGCUCCACUCCAGGGGCGGGGUGACGACCCCACUGCGAUCAUCCUCUGCCGACGUCGCAGCAGGGACUGAGAAUUCUGGUGCCAGACUGUGCCACAUUAAUGGAUGCCAUGGCUAGUCCAGGAAAAGAAAACUAUAGAAUGAAAAGUUACAAGAAUAAAGCUCUAAAUCCCCAAGAGAUGCGUAGGCGAAGAGAAGAAGAAGGAAUACAGCUUAGAAAACAAAAAAGGGAAGAACAGUUGUUCAAACGCAGAAAUGUCUCUUUGCCCAGAAAUGAUGAAUCUAUGCUAGAAAGUCCUAUCCAGGAUCCAGAUGUCAGUUCCACCGUACCCAUUCCAGAGGAAGAAGUUAUUACCACAGAUAUGGUUCAGAUGAUUUUUUCUAAUAAUGCUGAACAACAACUUACAGCAACACAGAAAUUUAGAAAGCUGCUUUCUAAAGAACCUAAUCCACCAAUAGAUCAAGUUAUACAGAAACCAGGAGUUGUACAGAGAUUUGUGAAAUUUCUUGAGAGAAAUGAAAAUUGUACUUUGCAAUUUGAAGCUGCAUGGGCAUUAACUAAUAUAGCAUCUGGAACUUUCCUGCAUACUAAGGUGGUCAUCGAAACCGGUGCUGUCCCAAUUUUUAUCAAACUUCUCAAUUCAGAACAUGAAGAUGUUCAAGAACAGGCUGUUUGGGCACUUGGUAAUAUUGCUGGUGACAAUGCAGAAUGCAGAGACUUUGUUUUGAAUUGUGACAUACUUCCACCACUUUUAGAGUUGUUAACAAAUUCAAACAGACUUACAACAACCAGAAAUGCUGUUUGGGCCCUCUCAAAUUUAUGUAGAGGCAAAAAUCCACCUCCAAAUUUUAGUAAGGUUUCACCUUGCUUAAAUGUCCUGUCACAAUUGCUGUUUAGCAGUGACCCAGAUGUAUUAGCAGAUGUGUGUUGGGCCCUGUCUUACCUCUCCGAUGGGCCCAAUGAUAAAAUUCAAGCAGUUAUUGAUUCUGGAGUCUGUCGGAGAUUGGUGGAACUUUUGAUGCAUAAUGAUUAUAAAGUUGUUUCACCUGCAUUAAGAGCAGUUGGGAAUAUUGUGACUGGUGAUGAUAUUCAAACACAGGUGAUUUUGAAUUGCUCUGCAUUACCCUGUCUCUUACAUUUAUUGAGUAGCCCAAAGGAGUCAAUUAGAAAAGAAGCAUGCUGGACUGUCUCUAACAUCACUGCUGGUAAUAGAGCUCAGAUUCAGGCUGUUAUAGAUGCAAAUAUUUUUCCUGUUUUGAUUGAGAUUCUUCAAAAAGCAGAGUUUCGAACCAGAAAAGAAGCAGCGUGGGCUAUUACUAAUGCAACAUCAGGAGGCACUCCAGAACAAAUAAGGUAUUUGGUAGCCUUGGGCUGCAUUAAACCACUCUGUGACCUUUUGACUGUUAUGGACUCUAAAAUAGUUCAAGUGGCUUUAAAUGGACUUGAAAAUAUUUUACGUCUUGGAGAACAAGAAUCUAAGCAAAAUGGACUAGGUGUUAAUCCAUAUUGUGCUCUCAUUGAAGAAGCAUAUGGUCUGGAUAAAAUUGAAUUUCUGCAAAGCCAUGAAAAUCAGGAAAUUUACCAAAAGGCUUUUGAUCUGAUUGAACAUUAUUUUGGUGUAGAAGAUGAUGACCCCAGCAUUGUACCUCAGGUGGAUGAAAACCAACAACAGUUUGUAUUCCAGCAACAGGAAACACCAAUGGAAGGGUUUCAGCUUUAACUUGGUAGGAGAAGUACUCAUGUUUAAAAGGGGUAACUUCAGAUUUCUCUUCUUUGUUGCAGUUUCAGUAGGAAUGUAUGAUAUGUUUUUACAAAGAACAGAAUAGAAAUAAUUUCAUGCACUUUUCAAAAGCAAAAUGAAACACAAGUUUCCAUUCAUAUGCAAUCUAUCCUUAUGAUUUUGUUUUUAUAUUGGUGUGCCUAUACUUACGUCUCUUAUUUAUUUUUUUAUCUUUUGUGAACAAUUAAGUACAUUAUGAAAUCAUUUAAUAACUUAAGCUUGAAAAGGAGAGCUUUGGUAAAGUAGUACAUAAUAGCUCUGAGUUUUCUAGUAUUCUUGGAAACUGCAUAUUAGCAGUAGAGCUAUUGAUAAUUACAUUUUGGCAGCAAGUUUGACAUAUCCAAUCUUUUCAAUCUACCUCUGUCUUGAAGCAAACACAAAACAAAAAAGCUUCAGGGGCAUAAAAUAGUGUAAAAGUUGAAUUAGAAUGUGAAAAUAUUUAUUACUUAAAAUUAUUAAUCACUGUGCUGUAGGUUAUACUUUGCAAAAAAUUACAGUAGAAAACCUGAAAAUUUAUAAAAAAUGGAGGAAAUAUUGUACUGAUAAUCAAUUAAAAUGUGGCAAUUGUGAAGAGAGAAGCUAUUCUUCAUGUUGAACACAUUAAAAUGAUUACUUUACAAAACAUUUAACAUUUUGUUUUUAACAUAUAAAUGGCAUUAUUAGUAUAUUUUGUAUUUCAACUGAAUAUGCUAUCAGUUUCAAAAGUGUUUUAUUAUUUUUUCACUCUUUAUUUUAAAGAGCAUCAUGAUCAAGAUGCCAUCAUGAAUCUAAAGUAGUGCUGCAUAGAAAAAUAAUACUAUAUUUCUUCCUCUGAUUUUCCAGAGCAGUAAUUGAGGUUUCACUUUCUAUGUAAUAACUAGGGUACUUAAAUGGUAAAAUUAUCCUGAAGAAAACACCUGAUGUGGUAAAUUUUAUUAAGUGCACAUAAUCUUUGGACAUUAAAAGAUGAUACUAGUGAAAAUUGCUAAGGAUUAUUUAAUAUGGGUAAAAUCUAUAUUAAGAAUUUUUUAAUAAAGCAUCAACCUGCUGCUUAUUGUGAGUCUAUCAGAUUACAUUUAUAUCAGACUGGUCAAUAUAAAGUGUGUGUGUUUUAUGUAUAACAGCAGAAACCUCUUGAAACUGAAACUUUUUAAAAGUUUCAACAGAAAAAAAUAUAUAUAUAUAAUGUAUUUACUUACAAAUACAUAUAGAUGCAUAUGUCAGUGUGUUUGUUAUUCUCACAGCACUGUUACUUGGUAUUUUCUAAGCCAAUAUAGUACUGUUGAAGUUGGUCUUUCAUUUAUAGUUACAUGCAGGCUGUUAACAUUUCCAUUUAUAUAUACCUAAAACACUUAUUUAAAAUUAGUUUAUAACUGUUUUAAGAUGGAACCUAAGGCAUUUUUGAUAAGAUUCAUAGUCUAUUCUGUAAAGGAAGAUUUCAUUUAUGUAGCAUUUAUAAUGUUUCUGCUGGAAGUCAGAGGCAUGUUACAAGAAGAAGAAAAAAACAUAUAUAGGAGUACUUUUAAAUAGUAUGACACUUUGUAAAUCAUAUAUCAUGAAAUGAAGCUUUUGGCAAGACACUUAAAACCUCUAACUAUAAAAUACAGGUUUGAAUGGCGUCUGUAAUGCUAACUGCAUCUGCCAAACCUUUUUUAUAUUGUUAAGUAGAGGAUUGUAUCUGUGUCCCUUUUAUUGUAGUGGAGGUUAUGAAGCUUAGUAUAAAAAGUUUUUCUUUUGUAUUAUGUAUAUUCAAAAGAACAGGGUAAUUAUAUGAAAGAUCACCAAAUUGAUGAUGACUUUAUCAGAUAAACAGUUUCUUAUGGUGCAAAUGGUUCUAAGUAUCAGGUGACAGGGUAUUUUAUUCUUUCUAAUCGGUUGAACUUGACAAUGCAGCAUAAUUCAUAAGCUAACCAGCUGUGCCUGCUUUUUUCCCUUGAGGACCCUGUGGUCACACUAAUCUCUAAGUCAAGUCAUUCAAGCAAAAUAGUUUCUAUGGGAGGAAAAGUAGAUGUCUGUGUCUCCGUAUAUGCAGGCACAUACAUAGAUGACCUUUGAGGGGAGGGUUUUAAAUUUUUGCCAGUGAAGCAAGUAGGAAGUAUGUUAUAUCUCUAAGUGCAAAGUAUAACCAUGUAUUUUAAACAUUUAAAUAAGAAAUUAUUUUUAAUUUCUUGCUUAACUACUUUGAUUAGAUUUGAAGGCAAGGAGGCACACUUUAAUAGUUGGGACCAGCUGCUGGCCUGGGGAUAAGUUUAUUGACCAAGAAUAUCGUAUACUUCUUUCUUCCAUAUUUUCUUAAAGAUGAUUACUCUUUUCAAAUAACCCAUUUAAAGGGCUCCAGAGUGGAUCUUCAUUAUUUUAACUCUUUUUCUUAAGGUAUAUUUAAAUGUGAGAGAAAUUGUGCCAAGAAAAAAUAUUUAAGAUAGGUUAUAAAGGGGAAUGCAUGCAGCAUUAAUGCAAAGAAAUUCAGACAUUACAUGAAAGAGUUUUUUUGUUUGUUUGAUUUGAUGUUCUAAUUUGAAUUUUGAAUUUUUACUAAUUUUGAAUUUGAAUUUUUACUAAUCUAUGCAAUUAUGCUUAUUUAUUUCAUAUUUUUAAGUACUUGACUCUACAAUAUAUUUUGAGAGAUUGUUUCUAUAAAUUAUUUUUUAUUGUCAUUUUGUCCACUUACUGGUAGCACCAGAACAAGAAAGCAAACCAAAAAAAAAAAAAAGUAAUAAAAUUUGCUGGCACA